AUGCACUUUGCAGAUCUGCUCAGGCGGUCAUCGCCGCACGCUACCGGUGCUUCUGCCACCAGCGCCACAACUACCAAUACUCAAUCACCGGCUGCCUCCACCUCUUACCAUGGAGCAGCAGCAAGCGCUCCUUCUUCGACGUCUCAGCCGCGGUCAUCUCGCUUAAGUCGCGAACGUUCCCUGUUUAGCCGCAGUGCAAGAUCGCGCCCUUCCCUUGAGACAGACGGCGAUCUGCUUUACCCCGCGCAUCACACGCAACCGCGCUCCACCAGCAGCAGGACUUCCCGCUACUCUUCCACAGACGAUCAUAGCAUCGGGCAUGCACCAACGCAUACCCCCAACCUGGCAGCAGCUGCGUCGUCAGCGAAAACAUCCCUGACUGCUCAUUCUCCUGCGCCUUCAUCUAUACCGCCAUCCACGUCCUCACCGGACGCUGCUCCUUCUUCGACCACCACAUCCACACUCAAUCGAUACGAUAGACUUUUCGGACCACCUACUUCUUCUGUUCCGCCGAGGCCAUCUUCUGUACUCCAGAUCAACCCACCGCCGCCACCAGCAUCGACGUCAACGGCCCCUCAGCUUUCGCGGUCUGCUUCAGCGAGAAAAGCAUCCGAACAAGCGCCUCUGUUCAGGACAAGUAGCAUCAAGGCAAGGUCUCCUUUCCCACCUGCUGCUUCAUCUACAGGCACAAGCAGCACGCUUAGAGACAGAUCUACUAUGGGCAGCGCCAUCUUUCGAAGAUCUAGCCUGCGUCGUGGCACCGGCACGGCAAAUUCGUCUGCUUCACACAACGAAAAGGCUGCACCGGUCCCAACGCCACCUCUCGAGCCCUCUCCUGCUCCAGUGCCUUUCGCAGCAGCAGUCUCCAGAUCUGAAAGCGUCUCGACCUCUGCGGCCGCAAAUUCUACAACCAAUCCAGGCCGAUUGGCUCGCUUCUUUGGUCGCAGAAAGUCCAUCUCGAACCCACACAAUGUUCUCAACAAACCAGAUCUGGUUGCUGAUCCCGUCCCUGUACUCCAAGAUGCCAGUCGCACGGUCAAUGUCGACUCACCCCCGCUCGCCGUCAUCACUGCUGGCUGGCAACAACCACCCGUCGCAACAAAGGCUUCGCGCGGCGCCUCCGGUCCCAGCAGGCCGGUCUCCCCUCGAUCCGUCUCGCCACCAAAGGCUCCCGAUACCAAGCUGGCGUCGCCAACACAACCCAACACAGUCGACAGCGAGAUCAGCAAGGUUUCGUCGUUCACGUUCCCAGCUCGAGCUUCGCUCUCCAAUGACUCGCCUCUUCAAUUGUCAGCAGCAACAAACGCGUUGCGACCCAGGCAGACAAAGCACUCGACCAGCCACUCUCUGCCUUUGACUUCCCUGCCCAUCUCGAACCCGAUCCCCAUCUCGGUUUUGCAAGAAUCUGUUGACACUUCCGCUAUGCCAGCACCUCAACGCCGUCCCAGCCGUCCCGGUCGCAGUCUUAGCCAGACCUUGGGCCACAGAAAGAGCAGCAAGAGCCUCUCGAUGAUUGGGUCCUUCUUUGGCAGCGGGUCUCGGACAGACCUCUUCGCCUCUUCACCACCUCUGCCGUCUUCAGCUGCGGACCUCGCUCAGCGAUACCCUGGCGCUGCCGAAAACCGCGCAAGUCAGACAGAGCUCACGUCAAACCAUUCUCGCAAGCCGUCUCUGCGUGCUCGGCUCAAGAUCGGACGCAAUGCCACUGACCAGGGGUCCAAGCGCCCCACGACGCCUGAAAUCGAGAGCUGGAAGCAAAAGAUCUCGGACCCCAUCGUCGAUGGCGCCUCUGCCGAGACUCGGGCGAGAUCUCGAGCCAGCAUCGACAGCCCCUUCCGACCCAAGCCCGCCGAGUCGCCCGUCAAGAUCGUCCGUUCCAAGAGCAUGGUCAGGCGCAAGCCGCCGCCGGAGAUCAAGCAGGACGAGAUCGAUAGCAGCUCCAGCACGCCCGUGUAUGGCAGGACAUUCCGAGCACUCGAUGUGGAUCGCCACACGGGCUCACCGCUCGGCGGCAGUCCAGCCUCUUCGCCUGAGGCUCUGUUCGACACGCUGACGGGCGCUGGGGCAAGGCGCGGUAGCAGCUCGUCGGCUUCGCGUGAUGCUGGCAUGCAGCGCGAUCACAGCGGGUCAAGUCAGCUCAACAGCCUUGGUCUGACUGGCGCCUCGAACGCCAAUGCACAAGGCGCCGACACGUCCAUCCCGAGCAUCGACAUCCGUCCCAGCACACCAUCUCGCGAGGCAUCGCCUCAAGUUGCGACAGAGCAGCCUGUGUCGACGCCGUCGCACCCACCUCAGCAGCAGCACAAAUCCACACACGCCGCAAAGCGAUUAUCCUCGGGCAUGCACAGCGUGACUGACACGUCGAUGUCUCUUGACCGACCCUGGUCUCUGAUCAGUGCCAGCGAGGCUGAUACCCCGCUUCUCAAGCUGCGAAAGCUUGUCGUCGACACCGAAGCUUCCGAUGAGAGCCGCGACGGACACAACGGUAACGAUCUCUUCUUUCGCCCUCUUGCUGGUGCCACAAAGGAUGCAAAUGUGGUGGAUGACAAGGCGGAUGUGGCCGAGACGAUGGCAGAUCAUGCCGAAAAAGCAGACGCUACGUCCCAAGGCGAUGCUGAGCGAUCCAGCUCGCAAUCCACCACGCGUUCGGACACCAAGCACGAGAUUGCCUCGAUUCCGUCGUCGAAUGCCAGCACCGUCCGUGCUGUUCGUAAUGUGGCAGCCCCGCCGAUCCCCUAUGGCUUGUCUGUGGUCGAAAAUUCGGACCGCAAUGUGGAUUCCGUGGGCCCGCUUCGCGCCAAGAGCCCCUCUGCGUCGCAACACUCGUUCCGAAGCCGCCAGCAUCGACGUGAUGGAUCCGUGGGCUCGGUACACAGCCAAACGACAAUCCAGCAGGCACGUCGAUCGAGCACCGCCUCACGUCUCACGGCGCGAAGCAGUGGCCACUGGAGCGAGAGCCGGCUGUCCGAGGACGCUUUGAGCGCUCUCGAGGCCGAAGUAGGUCAAGCUAGGCGCACCGAGGUGGUGGCGCUCGGCAAAGGAAGGGUCAAGGACUGGGUCGGAGGCGGUGGUGCGGAUCGACCCCUGCCGAUGGCCGAGGCGCCUACGCUGUCUCGCAGCAACACGUUGCGCAGCAAGGCUCAGAAGGGGGCAGAUGCAGGCGAGGACCAAGAGGCACAGCGUCAAAGGAGGCUUAACAAUCAGCUUGAUCGUAGGCUGCAACAGCUGUCGGAAGCACAGGGUCAGUCUGCUGACGUCGAGAUCCGCGACAUUCCUGAUCAAGUAGAUCCAGCUUCCAUCGGCACGGUGAACGAGGGGCUUUCUCCUGCUAUGCAAGCUACGCAGAAGGCGAGUGACGACGUACCCGUCUUGGCGCCGCCCGCGCCGCAACGACUCUCAGCGUUCCACGACCGUCGAGCGUUUGAAGGCUUGGAGCAGGCCGGUGCUCAACGAGUGACUCAUGUUGCUGCUGCUGUUGCCCCUGCUGCUGCUGUUACUGUUGCCUCACCUUCGCGUCUGAUGACGGAAGAGGCGAUCCGCCUGGGUCGCGCGCCUUCGAAGCGUGUCCGUCGCAAUGUGAGCGAGACCCGCAGCUUUGGCGAAGCGGUCAUGGUGGAGCGCGAGUAUGUCGGAACCACUGAACGAGAAUCGCUCAGACCCGCUGCAGUGCGUCCGCUUCGACGCUCCGUCUCGCUUUCAUCCAAGAAGAAGCCGAGUGCUGUCGACUAUAUCAACCCGACGCUGGUGCCUGCUGUACCAUCUGCUCCCGUGCUCGGUGCGCCCAAGACAGCCACGCAGCCGGCAGCAGCAGCGCCUGUGGACACCGACGCGGACAGUGACAGCAAGAAGCACUCGAAGCAGCGAUCAUACGCUACGUCGGAAGAGGCGGCUCGGGCCAAACGGCUGGAGCUGCUCGAAAGGGAGAAGCGACUGGCAGAGAAGGAAGCGCGACGCCAAACGCAGCUGCAGCAAAAGUAUGCGCUCAAGAAGCAGAGCGAUCCGCUGCUGGCGGCAAGGCUAGCCCUGGCUGGACUGGAAGCUCGGGAAACGAUGCCCCAGGUCAAAGUGGAGCGCGCAACGGGUGCCGGAUUGCAGGCUCCUGCUGUGCCUACGAGGCGAGCCUCAACGCACUCGCCCGGACGCCUGUCGGUCACGCCAGCCUAUGCGAUGCGCAAGGAUUCGAAUGCCGGCAGUACUACGUCGUUUCACACUGCGCUAGAUGCGCCCGUCAACGAGCCUGCUGCUGUCGAUGGAGGUGCCGGUGAUGCAUCGUCCCAUUCCAAGGGCAGUGCCGAGGUGCGACCGGACACUUCGUACAGCAUCGCCUCGUCGCUUGCGGUCGACUUUGAAUUCCCCGUGCCCCCGCAGCGGAUGAAGGAGCAACUGUCGGACGACGGCACGCUACUGAGCCGCGCAGGUCUGCAACAAUCGCCCGGCGGCCAACAAUGGCGAGAACGCCGUCACUUCGCACUCGCCAAUGCUCAACGGGUCGACACACCUCGGCGCGACUCGAGCCUGCGAGGUCGUACCGACAGCGCGUCCAAGGCGAGCCCGCACAUCGCUUCGCUCUUCUCCGCCGAGUACGGUGUCGGGACCGAUCUGUCUGCGUCGAGGACGAUGCCGAAGCUGGCUUCGGCGUCACCGCUCGACUCGGCCAAGCAAGGGGCAGUGCUAAGGCGAUCGCGGUCGGUCGGGUACAACAGCCGCGACCUGCGCAGGCUGACGCGCGAGCAGAUGAUGCACGAUGCCAACACGCAUCCGAGUCCCAAGAGCGUCCAGCUCGAGUUCGAACCGAUGGCGGAGCUCAACAGCGGGGGUCAAGCUAGAGGGUUGGGGAUUGAGAUGGUGGAGGCCCCGGCGAGGAGGUCGUCGAACGGGAGCGGUUCAGCGACGCCGUCGACGAUCGUUGGUGUUGCUGCGAGGCACGCUAUUGCUGCCUAA